CCAUCAUCCCUCAACGGGUAUUCGUGACUGAUAAGAACAAAAGACUGAUUAUAAUUUGUGUAGUUAAACAACAAAAAAUCUGUGAUUUGAGAUUAAACACCACUAGAUAUUUUGUAAUGACCAACAAAAACAUCAUCAAUAAACUUUAUUCUUUUUAAAAAAACUUAUUCAAUGCUUGCCAGAUUCGUAAAUUCGUUGCCGUCUGGCCUUUCUCAGCGAAUAACUAAACUUUAUUUUCGAGCGUUAAUUCGCAAUCAAAGGGAAGCUCACAGUUCCCAAGAGGACCACCAGUAUAAAAACAUGGAUGUAAAAAUCCUGCCAGCACUCCAGGACAACUACAUGUACUUGAUUGUAGACAAGGCAACAAAGGAAGCUGCUAUUGUUGAUCCUGUGGAACCUAAAACAGUUUUAAAAGCUGUUGAAGAACAGGGUGUGAAUUUGACUACUGUUCUAACUACUCAUCAUCAUUGGGAUCAUGCUGGUGGAAAUGAAGAUCUCAUCAAAGAACGUCCAGGUUUAAUAGUUUAUGGAGGUGACGACAGGAUCGGAGCCCUUACGAAAAAAGUUGAGCACAAUACAAAGUUUAAUAUCGGUAACCUGAAUGUACAGUGUCUUUUUACACCCUGUCAUACAACUGGGCAUAUAUGUUAUUUCGUAACUGCUCCAGAAGAAGGUAACGAUUCAGUUGUCUUCACCGGGGAUACACUCUUCUUAGGCGGAUGUGGCAGGUUCUUUGAAGGCACGGCAGAUCAAAUGUACAAAGCAUUAAUAACAAUUCUGAGCAGCCUGCCUGACCACACUAAAGUGUUUUGUGGCCAUGAGUACACUUUGCAGAAUUUAAAAUUUGCUGCUCACGUAGAACCUACUAAUGAGAAUGUCAAAACCAAAAUUAGCUGGUCUCAAGACAGGCGAAACCAGGGAAAGCCCACAGUGCCUUCUACGAUAGGUGAAGAGAAAUUAUACAAUCCAUUCAUGAGGGUCACUGAGUUGGCAGUUCAGAAUCACACUGGAAAAAAUGAUCCGAUUGAUACUAUGAAAGCAAUACGGCUAGAAAAAGAUACAUUUAAGUAAAUCUCUUUUUAUACAAAUAAAAAAAACUGUUGCAUUUCUGGAGCAUAUAUUGGUGUUUAUUUUUGUAUAUUCAA